UGUUUGUAAAAAAUAAUAAAUUAUAUAAAUUUAUUUGGUAAAAAAAUUAUGAUAAAAAUUAAUUGAGUUUAAAAAUGAUUGAGCCACUUUUAAUGUUAACUUUUCUUAAUUGUUUCUUUAUGGUCAGUACAACUGUCACAACUUGUGCUCUUUGGUGGCGAAGUAAAGAAAAAAAAUGUUGUCAAGUUAAAAAAACCAUAAAAACAUCAUCAAAAGAAUUUAAAAAUGAAAAAAAUUUAUCUAAAAAAAAUCCAAAAUUAUGUAAUGAUAAAAAGCUAAGUAAUCGUAAAUAUUGUAAUGGAAAAAAUCAUCAUGAUACAUCAAGUGAAAAAUCAUUUAGAGCUAUGGGUCAACCGGUUUUUAAAGAAAUCCAACAACGGGAUGUCUACACUGAUAAAAUGAUGACGUCAAAUGAGGCAAUACAAAGAGGAAAUACACGUUACUUACCAUCCAUUAAAUCAGAUAAAAAAUCAGCUGUUGUUGUGGAAUUUUCAACAACUCAAAAAGUCGUACAAAUUAUUGAUAAUGAUAAUGAUAAAACAACAUUUUCAUCACCAAUUGAAUCAACGUCAUACAGAAUUGAACCAUCAGAACGUCGAAUUGAAUUUAGUGUACAAAAAAAAACCGAUGAAACAUGAAUUAAUAAAUUUUUAUAAAUUUUUAUGGAUAAUUAAUGUCAAAAUAUAUUAUUAAUAUAAAAUUC